AUGAUCCUCCCUCUCGCCUCUCCCAAGUCCGGUCCCCGCUGGGCUCCCCGCCGCCGAUAUGGGUUCCGCCGACGCGUCGGGCUCCUCGUGGGCCUCGGUCUAGUGAUCUGGACAAUACUCCAAGUCCUCUCGAUCCACCACCGUAUCGCCCUUGUCGACAACCGCCCUCCUCCUUCGCAGCCAUCCGACCGUGUGUUCAUCGCUAGCACCCAUUGGAAUAACGAACGCAUCUUACGGAGCAAUUGGAACGACGCCGUCGUUGACCUGGUGCGGACUCUCGGCCCCGACAAUGUCUUUGUGAGCGUUCUGGAGAGUGGGAGCUGGGAUGACAGCAAGGGAGCUCUGCACGAACUGGACACGAGAUUAGAUCGACUGGGCGUACGACGCAAUAUCACUCUGUCCGACACGACACACCAGGAUGAGAUCUCCGCUCCACCCGGGCACGAGGGCUGGAUCAACACUCCGCGUGGACGGAAAGAGCUCCGCCGCAUUCCAUACUUGGCUCGACUCCGCAAUUGGACCCUGCAACCGCUGGUAGACCUUGCCAGACAGGGAGUCACCUUUGAUAAAGUGCUCUUCUUGAACGAUGUCGUCUUCACGGUUGACGAUGUUGCGGUUCUGCUAAAUACCAACGAUGGUGUUUAUGGGGCUGUCUGCUCCCUUGACUUUUCGAAGCCUCCUCUAUACUAUGACACGUUCGCAUUGCGUGACUCACAGGGCGACGAACACAUCAUGCAAACCUGGCCAUACUUUCGCUCUGGCGCUUCUCGCAGAGCUCUAAUCAACAUGGAGCCGGUCCCCGUCAAAAGCUGCUGGAACGGGAUGGUGGCGAUGCCGGCCGCGCCAUUUUUAUCAUCUCCGCCACUGCGGUUCCGCGCCAUUCCCGACUCUCUUGCGCUUUCCCACCUCGAAGGCUCGGAAUGCUGCUUAAUUCACGCUGACAACCCUUUGUCGCAAACUCAUGGUGUAUACCUCAAUCCCCAGGUCCGCGUCGGAUAUAAACCCGAGGCGUAUGCUGCCGUGCAUCCGGCCCGCGCGUGGUUGUCCUUGCAAAACAUCGCUAUGGCACUUUGGGAGAACCGCAUCCGACGCUGGACGACUUCAUCCUACUUCAAACUGCAGGUCGUCCGUGGCCGGAUUGCGAAGUGGCAAGGAAAUCAACCCCAGCAGCGAGAAAAGGGUGAUUUCUGCUUGAUCAAUGAAAUGCAGGUCCUGGUUGCCAAUGGAUGGGCGCAUGUCUGA